CACGGGGGUGGGGUCCCUCUUUCCGGGCGGAGGCAGCGGACCGCGAUGUGGCUCCUUGGCCGCUCCAUUCGAGAAGCUCUGGAGGCCGGUCCGCGGCUGCGUGGGGCGGGGCCCGGCGGCGGGUCCGCGGCUCGUGGGCGGCCGCUCGGCCGUGCGGCAGGUGGCCAGGGCUUCCCCGGCGAGCACGGGCCACGACUCCAGCCGGGCCGGUCUCCGGAGGCUGCUUCCUCGGGGCCGGUGGCCCGGAGAGCGUCAGCGGGGGGCAGCACGCCGUCCUCCCGGGAGCAGGGUCUGAGCGUCGCGCGGCCGGGGCAGUGGAAGGCAGUUCCUGAUGGGGGCCAGGCGCCAGGCAGUUGGGGAACACCCGCGUUUGGGCAGUGGGUGGUCGUUGACGGGCGGGGCGAGGGGGGCCCUGCCUUCCCGGGAGAAUGCGAUACGAUGCAGCCAGUGGAGGACCCCCUGUGCCCCCGGGCUGCCCCGCGCUUCGCCGCGCCCCAUUUCGCUGUGCGGUGAGGACCCUUCUGUGCUCCGCCGAGCUCUGUCCUGUGCGUGUGGCUUGGUCACCUGGGAUGUGCCGUGACGUUACACCGUCAGUUGCAGCUGAGACCUUUCUUCUGGGCUGCUUGAUCGAAAAGGAGGAAGCAGCAAUGUCUGGCUUGGGGACUGCAGCUCCAUACCUGCAUUACCCUGGUGAUAGCCACAGUGGCCGGGUGAGUUUCCUGGGGGCCCAGCUCCCCCCAGAAGUGGCAGCAAUGCCCCGGCUCCUGGGAGACCUGGACAGGGGCACGUUCAGAAAGUUGCUGAAGCUGGUGGUCAGCAGUCUACAGGGAGAGGACUGCCGGGAGGCUGUGCAGCGCCUCAGGGCUGGAGCAGACCUGUCGGAGGAACGGCUGGGUGUCCUCCUUGCCGGCACAAACACACUGCUCCAGCAGGCCAUCCGGCUGCCCCCAGCCAGCCUGAAGCCUGACGCCUUCAAGGACCAGCUCCAGGAGCUCUGCAUCCCCCAAGACCUGGUCACAGACUUGGCCAGUGUGGUGUUUGGGAGCCAGCGGCUUCUCCUCAACUCUGUGGCCGGGCAGCAGGGGGCCUGGCUGCCCCAUGUUGCCGGCUUGUGGUGGAGGGUGGACGUGGCAAUCUCCACCAGUGCCCUGGCCCGCUCCCUGCAGCCAAGUGUCCUGAUGCAGCUGAAGCUUUCAGAUGGGUCGGCAUUCCGCUUUGAGAUCCCCACAGCCAAGUUCCAGGAGCUGCGGUACAGUGUGGCCCUGGUCCUCAAGGAGAUGGCCGACCUGGAGAAGAGGUGUGAGCUCAAACUGCAGGACUGACCGUGCUUGCAACCCCAUU